AUGCCAACAGUUAAAAGAGAGGAUAUUGUUUAUCGUGACAGAUAUGAGUUGAAGGAGGCCAUUUUGUUCAUGGUGGAGUUAACCGACGCCAUGUAUGAGCCAAGUGAAGAAUUGCAAGGUGAAGCCCCGUUGAGGGAGAUAUUAAAAGCCAUAAACGGUGUCAUGGCUGAUUUGGCUAUUAGUUUGCCUACAACUGGUAUUGGCUGUUAUUUCUUCAAUAGUAAGAACACCACAAAAGGUUGUAAAGAUGGUAUCUACCGGUAUUUUUCCAUGAAGCUGGUUAAUGUUCAAGUGAACAAGAAGAUCAAUGAUGAUCUUAGUGACACAGACCCAGAAAAUAAAGAGGGAGUGGAAUUGAAGGAAAAAUUCCCAAUGAUAAAUUAUUCUACACCUGCAGAGUUUGAGAAGAAUAGAACCAGUCUUAACAAUGUGUUGUAUCAAAUUAAAUCUGAAUUCAUCUUCAAGACAGAAAAUGCCAAAAGGUACAACUAUAAAAAGGUUUUUUUCAUCACCCACAAUGAUAAACCAUAUGAUACAACUCUGCCUGAUGCCGGCGAUGUUAAAAAAAGUAUCAAGGCCCUGCUUGAUGAUCUAUAUAAUGCGAAGAUCAACUUUGUGACAUUUUUAUUGAAUAAAAGCCACACUGAGACUUUUGAUAAAACCCAAUAUUCAGAGCUCAUCUAUUUAACCAGUGAUAAUUCAUCAGUCAAAUCUGAAGAUCAACUUCGUGAAGACGGUGAUUAUUACGGGAUUAAUGUGGAAGCAAUGUCAAUUAAAGAAAUUAAUCAAAGAAUCCACCGUCGUUCAGAAGUGAAAAGGGUCAAUUUCAAUUGCUUACUUGAGAUCGGUAAAGACCUCAUGAUAGAGGUCAAAGGCUACUCGCUAUUCAGUGAAGCAGAACCAAAGAAACCUAGUGUUGUCUAUAACAAAGCCGAAGUUCCUAAAACUGUGUUGAGGGCCAGUAAAUUCUUUACUGAAGGACUGGCGAAAGCCAUUUCAGAUUCCAAAGAAGACAUCAUCAGUGCUUAUCAAUUUGGUGAUGACCUAAUAUACUUGAAUAAGAAACAGAUCUCGCAAAUAAAGUGUUUGGAUCAAGAAAAUGGCGAAAUCCGCCAUGAGGGCAAAUUAAGCAUAAUCGGGUUCCGGAGAAUCUCAAAAACAUUGAAUUAUCAAUAUAACAUGGGAAAGUCUUCUUUUAUUCAUGUGGAAACGAAGGGGAAUUAUACCAACACUUUUAAAGUGUUUUCUUGUCUUUUCCAAAGCUGUUGUCAGAUGGACCGCGCUGCAAUUGUCUGGGGGGUCACCAGAAGAGAUUCUUAUCCAAAUUUGUACGCCUUGGUACCAAGCACAUACCAGGGCUUAUCUGAGGGUUUUGUGUCAAACAAACAUCUUCAAGGGUUUUUCCUUAUUCCUUUACCUUAUGAGGAUAGUAUUCGAGGUGUUCCCCCUUCUUUGAAACCGAUAGCUAUACCAGAUGUGUUAACAGAUAGUGCUACGAGAUGGUUGAAUAAAUUUAAAUUGAAGGAUGGAUACGUGCCUUCGAAUUACUCCAAUCCUUCAUUGCAAUGGCAUUACAAAGUAUUGAGAGAUGAAGCUUUAUUAGUUGACGUUCCCGAAUAUUUGGAUGAUAGGGUGGAAAAUUUCAAUGAGGAGCAAAUGAAGGAAUAUAUACGUUUUGAUAAAAAUUCAAUCAAGUUGGAAAAAUAUCACAACGCUUCUAUGAAACCUGAUAGAGCCGAGGCUAUUCAAGGUUUCAAGUCGAUAUUGGCAAAAAUUUCUGAUUAA